AUGUCAGGGGAUGGUAUGGAUUCUUUACUGGACAAAGUUCAGGGGGUGUUUCAUCAUGACCACAGCCGUAACUCCUCUGAUGAAAUUGAUGGUGAUAAGCACUCAAAGCACCCUGAUAAGUUCCGCCUCUUUGGCCGCCAGAAACCUGUGCACAGCGCCCUUGGGGGUGGCAAACCUGCUGACAUAAUGCUUUGGAGGAACAAGCAGAUAUCAGCAUGCAUGCUUGCUGCUGCAACAGUUAUAUGGCUUUUAUUUGAGUGGAUUGGUUAUCGUCUGCUCCCAUUUCUUUGCCACUCUCUAAUACUUGUGCUGGCGUUGCUGUUCCUGUGGUCCAAUCUUUCCUUCUUUGUCAACAGGUCUCCUUUGGAAUUGCCAGAGAUUGUGUUGCCGGAGAACCUUUGUAUGAGUUUUGCUCUCUUGUUGAGGGACAGAUUUAACCAGGCGUUUGGGAUUUUCCGUCAAGUGGCUUCAGAAAGGGACGUGAAGAAAUUUCUUGGCGCAAUCGUGGCACUCUGGCUUGUUUCAAUAGUUGGCAGUUGGUUCGACCUCUUGACACUCGUAUACUUGAUGUUUGUGGCACUAUUGACGGUACCUUUGUUGUACGAGAAACAUGAAGACCGAGUGGAUGCUUAUGCAGAAAAGGCAACCGUAAAGCUCAAGAAGCAAAUCAGUGCUUUGGAUGAAAAGGUGCUUCAUAAACUUCCAAAUAUUGCUCUCAAACAACGUUGAAGUUAAUGUGGCAGCUAUACUUUUGGUACAGGGCAGCUAUGUUUUGCUUCUUGUAGGAUCUCCUUUCUCUACGUUGUUUACCAUUAAGCUCAUUGAGUAUUCAUUUAAGCAAAUCAAGAAUAGUUUGUCUA